UUCCAAUAGAAUUAACCUACCGUCCUUGCCUAAAUUCAGCCGGCCAGACUGCGGCACCGGUCUGCGGCACCGAACUGCGGAACCGGCGUGGAGUGCAGCUCAAGACUUCGUACGAGAGAGCGGAGUGGAGUCGUCCCAGCGAGUUUGAGUCAUCUAGAGACCAUUUUCCAGCCGGCUAUUUCAGUCACCAAGCAUCGCCACAGGAGCUGGAAAUGUGUUCUUAACAGUUGGAUUCAUAGCCAUCCCAGCUAUUAUUGUCGUCAACUUCAUUUUUCCUGAGGUACAGAGCUUAAUCAAUAGGCGAAGCAAUGGAUUCCCCAUUCGAAGGUGUGGAUCACAGUAGUAAAUGGAGUAAGGGUAACUUCGACAAGAUGACCGACGAGGUCAAGCCUUCUCCACUACCACCUCUUCAGCAGCGGAGAAGCCUUGAACGGAAAGAUGACAGAGGCUUAGAAAGGAAAUGUGGACGACAGCAUUACUCCAGUCGCAGUCGGUCUCCGCGGCUUCGAGAACGUCGCUACAAAAGGAGCCACUUGAGGUCCACCCCUCCUCUUUCUCCGUCUCCUCCGCCACGACGCUCGAUGACACAAUCAUCUUACAAGUGUUCUCGCUCUCAAAGGGAUGACUAUGAUGACUGUCGCUCUCCUCACUCACGGCGGUACUCGCCCUCCAGGAGGGAUGACUGUUAUGGCCUUCGAGCUCCACACUCCCGUCGCUCGUCACCACAUUCUUUUUCCAAGGGUUCUCAAAGAGAUAACUAUGAUGGCAGACGCCGCUCUCCCCCCUCACGACGACGCUCGCCUCCGUCCUACAAACGCCCAAGGAGGGAUAACUCUGAUGACCGGGACCCACCAUCACCACGACUUUCUCCGUCACCCUUCCCUUACAAACCCCUUAAGACUUCUAGGAGGGAUGAAUGUGAUGGCAGAAGAGAAAGCACUAAAGAUGGACAAGAUGAUCGGAGCUGUUUACCCCCCACAUUGAAAAAUUAUGUGCCUGAAGCAUCCCUUGCGACUCUGCCUCCAGUUAACCCAUUGCACCCCAGCGCACUUUCUCGGCUUAAUGAUGAAAGUUUUGUUUGGCCUUGGAAGGGAAUAGUCGCUAAUGUUCCUAUUCAGUACAAGGAUGGAAAGUUUAUUGGCGAGAGCGGGCAAAAGCUUAAAGAGGAGUUGGUUGCCAAAGGGUAUAACCCAGUGAAGGUUCAACCAUUGUGGAGUAGUAAGGGGCAUUCUGGCUUCACUAUUGUGGAGUUUGCCCGGGACUUCUCUGGGUUUGAAAAUGCAAUGGCAUUUGGACGGGAGUUCGAGCUGGAUAAACAUGGAAAAUUGGAAUGGACUUCCGGGAAGAGAGAUGACAAGCUCUUUGCGUGGAUUGCUGGCCGUGAUGACUACAAUGCCCCUGGCAUUAUUGGUCAUUAUCUCAAGAAAAAUGGAGAUUUGAAAUCUAUUUCUGAGAUCCAAAACGAGAAUCAGAGGAAGAAUUCAAAGCUGUAUUCUGAUUUGACCACAAAGCUGGAGUCCAAGAGCAGGAAGUGCGAGGAGAUUGCAGAGAAGAUAAGUAAAACUGAUAGGAAGCUGAACAAUGUCAUGCGACAAAAGGACGAGAUGCUUGCAAAGUAUAACAAAGAAUUGGAGAAGAUGCAGCAAAAGGCAUUGUCAGAGCUACAGAAUAUUCUAAGGGAGAAUAAGAGAAGUGAGCAAAGAUUAAAUGACCAGCGUGAAAAGCUGAAACUGAAAGAAAAUGAACUGAAAUUUCGUGAAAAACUAAAUGAAAGUGAGAAGAGGAAGCUUGAUAGUGAUAAAGAGAUGAAUGAGAAGGCAAUUCUUGCUCAAAAAAAGGCUGAUGAGACAAUGUUGAAAUUAGCUGAAGAGCAAAAGAGAGAAAAAGAGCUCUAUCACCAAAAAAUCAUUGAACUUGAAAAGGAACUGGAUAGAAAGCAAGCACUGGAAUUAGCGAUUGAGUCCUUAAGAGGUGCCAUUGAAGUCAGGAGACAUAUGGGCGAGGAAGGAGAUCUGCUAGCUAAGAAAAAACUGACAUCAAUUGAAGAAGAGCUGAAAGAGAAGGAAGAAGAACUUGAGGAUAUGGAAAACACGAACAACAAUCUCAUUAUAAAGCAACGGCGCGACAAUGAUGAAGUGCAAGAUGCUCGUAAAGAGUUGAUCAAUGGAUUGAAAGGCAGCCGUGCCAACAUUUCUGUGAAGUUAAUGGGGGAUCUUGAUACUAAGCCAUUCAUUGUUGUUGCUAAGCGAAAGUAUUCCAAAAAAGAAGUACCAGAAAAAGCAGAGGAGCUGUGCACACUGUGGGACAAUAACUUAAGUGACCCCCACUGGCAUCCUUUUAAGCGUGUCAUCAAGAAGGGUGAUGGAUCAGAUAAUAAUGCAAGUGAGGUGGAGGAGGAUGUGAUAGAUGAAGAAGAUGAAAGGCUGGUUGGUCUAAAGGAGGAGCAUGGUGAGGAAGUAUAUGAAGCGGUGAAGACUGCGCUGAAGGAGUUGAAUGAAUACAACCCUAGUGGGAGGUACCCAGUGAAAGAGCUUUGGAACGUCAAAGAGAAGAGAAGGGCUUCCCUAAAGGAAGGUGUGGAGCAUAUUAUUAAACAAUGGAGGAUACUCAAGGGGAAGAGAAAGACCUGAGGGCAAUUUGACAAGUGCGGGUUACAACUGAGUACUAACUAGCAGAGUAAUGUUUAUACUAACUAGUAGAGAGCAAUGUUUAUUGUGGGCAGAAUUUGCUUAUAUAUAUUUAACCUAGAUUUUAGAGUAACAUAUCUCUAAGCAGCAGAAUAUGUUGAAACAUCUAACAUGGAAGGUGGCCUACUUGCUUUAAGGUGUAGAGACAUUAAUAGGUUAGAGUAUUGUAUAUUUGGUUACACUACCUACCAAGCCUUGUGCCUUUUGUGUAAGCUUGGACAAGCUCCCGGUUUCAGACUGUCAUUGGCUGAUUUGCUGCACUUGACCAAAUUCAUUAUCCAGAUCUGAAGCAGAACCUCUCAUAUCGGGUUACCAAUAAGUAAUAGGCUGGUAUAUUUUUAUGCAGUAUAUGAAUUUGGAUAAACUGAAUCCAAGUUGGGUGGAAAACAGUUUGUUCUACCUGACCUCAAACUGUUCUGGUAUUACUUGUGUUGAUCAUAGUUCCUACUUCCUACGUUUUAAGUUUUAAGGGUUGAUUGGGAAUAGGCUGGUCCGAAACUAGAAAUGAGAGAAUACA